UAAUUUAAUUUUCAUAAAAUUUUUUAUAUGUUACAGUGUAAAAAAUAUGGAAAAUAUAAAAUUAAGUCCAACAAUGGCUUUAAAAUUAAAAACUAGAAAUAAUGUCAAUAGAAUUAGACAUAGUUCUCCAAAAUUACAAGAAGUUUUAAGAGAGAGAUGUCGAGAAAGAAUGCGAGAAAAACGAGGACAGUUAUUUAAUAGAAAUAGAUUCGGUUUAGAAAUAAAUUCAAAAAAUGUACAAGAUACAUUAACUGAAAUUGUUCGUAAAGAAUUAAAUAAUCUUGCUACUACAGAUUUAGAUCCAAUUUUGAAUCCUUUUUUUGUAAAUGAACCACUUGAUCCAGAAGAAGCACUUGAACUUGAAGCUAAAAUACUUGAUGAAGAAGAACAAUGGAUAUUAGAAGAAUAUGAAAGAAUGGUACAAGAAGAAAUUGAAGUAUUAGCACUUAAAGCAGAUCAACAAGUAAAUGAAGUUAUUUGUCCUAUAUGUCAGAAAUCUAAUUUAAUAGAAAAAGAAAAUAAAAUAGCUUGUGAAUCUUGUGAUUUUGUAUUAGACAAUUGUCUUAGUGUGAAAGAAAUAGGAUGUCUUAUUAAUAAUUGUGUAAAUAUUCAUUCUAUACAAUGUAAGGAAUUACCUGGUUUCUUACCACUUUUUGAAAACAAUAGGAUGUCUUUAUAUUUAAUUUGUGAUGAAUGUUCAACUUGGGCGUUUAUAAUAUAAAUUUUAAUAUUCUUCAAUUAAUAAAGAUUUUUAAAAUUUAUGAAAUUGCUGAAAAAAAAUUAUAUUUUUUCAUCUUAUUACCCAUGACUGAUUAAUAAUAAUAAUUAUUUUAAUUUUAAAUAAUAUUCAAUAGAAGAAAAUAUCAAACAUAAUAUUGAAUAUCAUAAUAUUCAAAUAUGGGUAGUAAGAUAUAAUAAUAAAUAUAAAAAAAACAUGAAUAAAAAAUUAAUAAUUUUUAAUUUGUUAAAUUCAUGAAAAAAAAAGGAAAAUUUAAUUUGUUUAUAGAGGUAAUCAUUUGAAUAAUAAUACAUGAAUUUUUAUAUGAUUAUAUGAUACAUAUUGUACAAAAAACAUCCCUUUGUUGAUUUGUUUAUAUUAUUUAUCAUUUAUACAUAUAUAAUGUAAAGUUAAAUAAAAGACAACUGUAUAUUAUAAAAAUUAAUUAAACAUAUUUAUAAAAAGUAAAAUUUUAGCAAUUAUUAAAAAUUAUUUCAAGAAUUACUUUGUAAAGAUUGUCCAUUGUUUUUAAUAUUCAACUAUAUACAAUAGAUAUUUAAAACUAAUAAUAUUACAAUAUACAGAAGUCUUUUAUAACUUAAACUCUAAUUUGAAUUCUUUUAUAAAUGAUUUGUACAUUAUCACAUGAAAUUUCGUAUUAAAAACUUCAUAUUUAAUAACAUUAAUAGUAUAUAAUAAACUUAUAAUUUGUGAGCAACCCAUUUUUUUAUACGUUCGAUUUUUUGCAAUAUAAAUUUUUAUUCUUUUAAAAUUAUUACUAUGCAAGUAUCAACACUUAUAUAUUUAUCAUAAAAUGCAAAAUUAAAGUUAAAAACAUUUUAAAUGAUUUAGUUAAAUUGUAGUUUUUAAAUUGUUAAAAACACAAUUAAUUAAAUAGAUCAAAUAUUUUUAACAAUUAAUAUUUCUUACUCCAGUCUCUUGUUACAAUUUCAUGGCACUAAUUUCAUUUAGAUGUAUUCAAAUAUAUAUUUUCAUAUAGCAUAUAAAAAUCAAUUAAUUAUUUAACGUUAAUUUAUUAUAAACAAUUCUUUAUUUGUCUAUCUUAAUAAGAGAGUUUCCAAAAUUAAAAUAUUUUUCUAUAAAAGUUAUAUUUCAACUAUUAUAAAAAUAUACCGAUAAUAUAACAUGUAUUUGAGUCGCAAAAUAUAUUUUUUAUAAAUAUAUUUAUCUUAAAGCUGUUAUGAAACAUUAUCAAAAAAGAAAUAGAAUAAUUUCAAGAAAUAAUGAUUCCUUUUUUUUUAUCAUUGUAAGUGACAUAUAUAGUUAAAAACAAGCAUAGUAAAAAUAUGGAAUGGUUUGCUCUACAUAUUUUUCCUUCCUUUUUUUUUUAAAUAUUAUCAAUAGAUAUAUGUAGGCAAUUAUUACAAUGAAUUUAAUGAAUUAAUAAAAAGAAAAAUUUAAGAACGAAAAAAAGAAAGGAAUUUAUGAUAAAAAUUUUUUAUCGCAAUGUCCGAGUGUAAAGUUACAUAAUUUUUUUUUUAAUGAACUGAAUGAACAUAAUACGUAAUGUACGUAAUUAUAUAAUAAAUAUGAAUGUACUUUCCAUUUUGUUAAUAUUU